AUGUGGAAGAAACUAGGGCUACCGAAACCCAUCCCCUCCGACAGUGACGAUGAGGCGUGGGACACCACUCCACCAGCCACCAUCAACACCGAGACACCACCGGCCACAAGUACAGCAACAGGACGCACCGACUCACCGGCCGUCCAGACAUAUCGCCGGCAAAAGAAACGGCAAAGAACGCCGCCACCACCAUCCACAAUAGUCCCGACGGCGAACCCUAAGGGCGAAACGCCAUCAGAAGCCACCACUUCCUCCGGCCACGGCCAGAAACGGCCAAGAACUCAGUCGCCACCUCCACCGCCGAGAUCAGAGACAGAACCAGAAACCACCAUUGCCACACAUCCCGCAGGUCAUGAGGAAGGCGAUGUGCCCAGCACUUUGCCCACUAGUACGCCCAGUGAUACGCUCAGCGAUGUGCCCAGCGAUGUGCCCACUGAUGCGCCCACGGACCUGCCUAGUGAUACGCCCACUGAUGCACCCAGCAAUGUGCCAAGCGCUACGCCUAGCGAUGUGCCCACUAAUGUGCCCACUGAUGCGCCCACGGACUUACCAAGUGAUACGCUCAGCGAUGUGCCCAGCGACACACUCAGCGAUAUGCCCAGCAAUUUGCCCAGCGAUUUGCCCAGGUCAGCAUACCCAGAUCACAUCGUCAAAGCACUGACAUUCAACAAAAUUUCUGAGCGCACCAGGCUGCUUAAAAUCUCAUCCCUACCAUAUCACCCAGGAAUUCGGCAUAGCCAUGGGCUGUGA